AUGCCAGUGCCACACCAAAGUGCUGCAGCAGAAUUACAAAAACACCAAAGACCAAAUCCCAGUGCACAUGCCUGCUAUGAAGAGCUGAAUCAGAUUUUUGCCAUAGAGGCCACCACAAAACCCCAGUAUACGUUGGACAGUUUGGCCACAAUCUGCAGCGAGCCAGGCAUGCCUUCAGAAACCCCACAGGAAGCCUUGAACCCCCGGGCAGGAGAAGAUUCCUCUAGACAACCAAGAUUUCUUCAGCACUCCUUCCAGCCAGCAGGAGACUCAGUCAGAGAUGCCUCCCCAGUGCCCAGCCAGAGACAAUAUGGCAGAGGGGACCUCAUCCAUCUUUAUCCUCAUCUCUACUCAAGAGCAUACAUUAAUUUUAGAAAUCCUGAUGACAUCCUUCUUUUUAGAGAUCGCUUUGAUGGCUAUGUCUUCAUUGAUAAUAAAGGUUUGGAAUAUCCUGCUGUGGUAGAGUUUGCUCCAUUCCAAAAGAUUUCAAAAAAGAAGCUUAAGAAAAAAGAUGCAAAAGCUGGGAGCAUUGAGGAUGAUCCAGAAUAUAGAAAAUUUUUAGAAAGUUACUGUGCCGACGAAGAGAAAAUCUGUGCUAAUCCUGAGACUCUGUUGGGAGAGAUUGAGGCAAAAACAAGGGAACUUAUUGCUAGAAGAACAACACCUCUUUUGGAAUAUAUUAAAAAUAGAAAAUUAGAAAAGCAGAGGAUACGAGAAGAAAAAAGGGAAGAACGAAGGAGGAGAGAAUUAGAAAAGAAACGUCUGCGAGAGGAAGAGAAAAGAAAGCGCAGAGAAGAAGAAAGACGUAAAAGAAAAGAAGCAGAGAAGCAAAAGAAAAUUGCUGAAAAAGAAAUAAGGAUCAAGCUUCUUAAAAAGCCUGAAAAGGGAGAUGACCUGGCCAGUGAAACGAAUAAGGAAAAAGGAGAAGAAGCUGAUAUUGAAGAAAGCAAAUGGGAAAAAUCACCUGGAUCCGGGAGUAUAAAAUCCAAGCCAUUGGAGGGCUCACCAAAGGAACUUAAGGAAAAGUCACAAAACGAUAGUGAUAAAGAGCAAAUGGAUUUGGAGAGAAGAUUUCGAGAAAAAGACCUUGAAAGACAAAGAUAUCGGUUGGAUGAUGGCAGAAAACAUAGAGCCCACUAUGAAUUUGACAAGUUUGUGAGAAGGAAUGAAGAAGAGCUGAAAUGGGGGAAAGGAUACAGCCAAGACAGAGGGAAGAAAGGGAACCACAACUACAGCUUCACUGUGGAGGCCGUAGACAAACUGGGUAAAGAGGACAAGUGUGAUGACAUGGCAUCCAAAAAGGAGCGCAUAAGAAAUAAGGAUCGUCCAGCCAUGCAGUUAUACCAGCCAGGAGCUCGCAUUCGAACACAUACGGGAUCUACAAGUAAGAUCUAUGACUGCAGUGGGAAGUCCUCUGAAGAUGCCUGCGAUAGAAAGUAUGAGGUAGAUAAUUCAACUGGAGGUGGUUCUGAGAAGAGUGAAGAGGCAGAAUGA